CCACUUUUCCGCGCCGAAACUUUGUUUCCGCACACAGGUCAAAUUAUUUGCUCAUCCGCCCCCCCUUCCUUUUUCAUUCUCCUCAUUUGCUCCUUUUGUGUUCUCUCUGUUGUCAAUGAGGGCAUGAUUGAUGAAUAUUCCUCUUCCCACCAUUCCUCACACAUCACAAGCAGCGACCCGAUUGUCCAAGUGCUGCCGUCUCUCAUACCUACGAAUGAAAAGUAGCCGUGAUUACUUGUCAGCUGUGUGACUUUGACAGCACAGCACCAACUCAAUUACGACGCAUGCUCUCGUGCAACAAGCAUUUUCAUUUUUUCUCUCUCAUUUGAUCAACCAACGCAGCUUUCUGAUUGAAGGAGAGGGGGCAAAGAAUUACGUUUGACUCUCUCUGCCAGAGAGAUCUGAAUGGAGGCCCGUGUGUCCACCUCUACUAACACUAUUUUGUUGACUUAUUCUAAUCUUCAUACUGCCUCCAUGCAAACAACUUUCGUCUUACUUCCAUCUGUUUCUCCUUGGACACCACGACUGCGAACAUCUCAAUAUUCCUUCUUUUGAUGGACAUUACACCCAUGAUUGAACAAAUUUUCUGAGCGGCAUCUCGAAUAUCAUUUCCGGCUACUAACGACAUGUGUCGUCUAGUCAUUUUUACCGGCACUUGCACUAAGUGUGGCGAAGACCAAGUAUGGGAAGAUCUCACGCAAGAAUUGUCAUGCCUCCAGGCGAAAAACAAUGGGAUUUUUGGAGACUGCUCAAACGGCGUGUUCCAAGAGCGACAUGAAUUCGACCAAGAGUGCGAUCAAUGCACCGAGGAGGAUGAAGGAGUCGGCGAUUCAAAAGACGCACGGAAGAAGGCCAAAACCAAGAGUUGAAAACCGACAAGAAAACCAAUUAUAAAAAAAGAAAAUUCAAUAUCAAAAUAUUACGACAUGGACCAACCGCUUUUCUGUUUUACGACG